GCCGCCAUGGAGGUGCACGUGGGGCUGGGCCGGGUGUACGGGCGGCCGCCGGGCAAGACUUUCCGCGGCGCUUUCCAGAGCCUCUUCCAGAGCGUGCGCGAGGCUUUCCAGAGCCCGGGCGGCGGAGCGCGCGACGAGCCCGCCGGCGCCCAGGCCUCGGCCCGAGAGCAGCAGCAGCAGCAGCCCGGCGCCUCCUCGCCCACCUACCUGCCGCUCGAGCAGCCGCCCGCCGGCCCCAAAGCGCUGCAGCCGCCCAGCGCCGCCGAGCCCUCUCCCGCCGCCGCCCUGCUGCCCGGCGCCUCCUUCCAGAGCUGCCCCGGCGACCUGCUGGGCGAGAGCGGGCCCCUGCAGCAGCUCCUGCCGCCCCCCGCGCCCGAGCCGCCCGAAGCGCGGGCCGCCGCCGAAGGACCGCAGCCGCCGCCGGCCAAGGAGGACUUCCUGGGCGAGAGCGCCAAGGAGCUGUGCAAAGCCGUGUCCGCCUCCAUGGGCCUGGCGGUGGAAGCGCUCGAGGCGCCCGGCGGCGGCGGCGACCCGCUCCCGGCGGCCCGCGGCGACUGCAUGUUCGCGCUGCCCGGCGCGCACCCGCGGCCCCUGGCGCUGGCCACCUGCAAGAUCGUCGAGGCCGAGGCGGCGGAGGGCGCGCGGGCCAUGGACGUGCCGGGGCCGCUCAGCCUCUACAAGGGCGCGCCGGAGCUCGACGAGCCGCCCCUCGGCCGCGACUACUACAACUUCCAGCUGGCGCUCGCCGCCCCGCCCGCCCGCAUCAAGCUCGAGAGCCCCCUCGACUACGCGCCGCCCGCGGCCAGCGGCAGCGGCGGGCUCUGGGGCGCCCAGUGCCGGCGCCCGCCCGACGGCCCCGCUCUGGCGCCCCACUACGCCGGCCCGCCCUGGCACCCCUUCUUCGCCGCCGAGGAAGCGCAGCUCUACGGCCCCUGCCCCGCCGCCGCCGAGCCCGCCGUGCCCUCGCCCUUCGCCUACGCCAGGAGCCCCGCCGCGCCCGCCGGCCACGAAGGCGCCGACCUCCCCGCCGAAGUCUGGUACCCCGGCGGCGUGGUGGGCAUGGGCAGGGUGCCCUUCGCGCCCGCCGCCGCCGCCUGCAUCAAGAGCGAGCUCAACCCCUGGCUCGACGGCUACCCGGCGGCCGCCGCCUACGGGGACGUCAGGUUGGAGUCGGCCAGGGACCACAUGCUGCCCAUUGACUAUUACUUCCCACCACAGAAGACAUGUUUGAUCUGUGGGGAUGAAGCUUCUGGGUGCCACUAUGGAGCGCUCACCUGUGGGAGUUGCAAGGUCUUUUUCAAACGAGCUGCUGAAGGUAAACAGAAGUACCUCUGUGCCAGCCGCAAUGACUGCACCAUUGACAAGUUCAGAAGGAAAAACUGCCCUUCCUGCCGUCUUCGGAAAUGCUAUGAAGCAGGGAUGACACUUGGAGCCCGCAAACUGAAGAAACUGGGCAAUCUGAAGAUGCAGGAGGAAGGAGAAGCAGCAGGCCCUUCGAGUCCCACAGAGGAGCAAGCCCCCAAGAUGACCAUGACCCGCAUCGAGAGCCUGGAGUGCCAGCCUAUCUUCCUCAACGUCCUGGAAGCCAUUGAGCCCGGCGUGGUCUGCGCAGGCCAUGACAACAACCAGCCUGACUCCUUUGCCGCCCUGCUGACCAGCUUGAAUGAGCUUGGUGAGAGGCAGCUAGUACACGUGGUGAAGUGGGCAAAGGCCUUGCCAGGAUUCUGUAACUUGCAUGUGGACGACCAAAUGGCAAUCAUUCAGUUCUCCUGGAUGGGCCUGAUGAUUUUUGCCAUGGGAUGGAGAUCAUUCACCAACGUGAACUCCCGGAUGCUGUACUUUGCUCCAGAUUUGGUCUUCAACGAGUACCGGAUGCACAAAUCCAGGAUGUACAGCCAGUGUGUCAGGAUGCGGCAUCUUUCUCAAGAGUUUGGAUGGCUUCAGAUCACUCCCCAGGAAUUCCUCUGCAUGAAAGCUCUGCUCCUCUUCAGUAUUAUUCCAGUGGACGGCCUGAAGAAUCAGAAAUUCUUUGAUGAACUUCGGAUGAACUACAUCAAGGAACUAGAUCGUAUCAUCGCUUGCAAGAGGAAGAAUCCCACAUCCUGCUCUCGCAGAUUCUACCAGCUCACCAAACUCCUGGACUCUGUGCAGCCUAUCGCCCGAGAGCUGCAUCAGUUUACAUUUGACCUCUUAGUGAAGUCCCACAUGGUCAGUGUGGACUACCCAGAAAUGAUGGCUGAGAUCAUUUCCGUGCAAGUCCCCAAGAUCCUCUCUGGAAAAGUGAAGCCUAUCUACUUUCACAGCCAGUAAUGGAAAGGCAGCCAAGACUCCCCCACCCGACCCCGCUGACUCCUUUCAGCCGUCGCUUGCCUGUUUUCUCUGCACUACAGCACUGCAGUGCCUUGGAAUGGUGUCUCUGAGGAAGAGAUGCAGUAACAAAACACUACCUGCUGGGAUCUCUUCACAUUUUGAUUAACUUUUUUUUCUCCAUGGGCUAUCCUGCAAGCUAAGUACAUAACUGGUUUUUGCCCCUGUUUGGAAUGAUGUGCCCCCCCCCCAGUUGUUGUUUUUUGGAGGGGGUAGAGUUGAGGCAUGGUAACAAUAUGGCAUGAUGCCAAGUGACAUUUGUUUACAUGCUUGCACUUAUGCAUUUCCCAUCAUGAUUUUUGUGGCCUUUUGUGCUGCCCUGGAAGCUUGGAGCUUUGAAACACACGCACACACACACAUCUCAUUUUAGUUGUUGAUGCUAUUGUUGUUAUUCUUUUUAAAAAAAAAAAAAACACGAGGUGACAAGCAAGUUAAAAACAAGAACAUAUUGGGAGUGGGGAAAUUUUUCUUACUAUCAUUUUUUCAGUUGGGUCACCCCCAUCUCCAAGAUGCAGGAAGAUUUCCUUAGAGAAUAUGAAAGCAGAACACACAUCUGGAAAUCUAGUACCAAAAAUCAGGAGAUUGUAAUGAAUAUCAGAACAAACCAACAGACAAUAACAAGACCUCUUUUUGCGACUGUGGACGUCACACCUGCCCAGUUGGUGCAAGAGUGUGUGCCCGUUCAACUGGGGGCCAUAUUUCCACAUGCAAAGAAAAUCCCAGGCACCCUGAUUGUGCAAACUAUGCACAGAGCCAUGUACCCACCACUCAGACCAGCAACACCAACCUCUCAGCCUCUCGACAGACUCAAUGCCACGUUCCUGCCACUUUGCCAUGGCAUCUCUGUGGGCUUCAGGAUUCUGGCAGCACCAUUUCCUUGACAGGGAAAGAGGCCGGUAGGCACCAGAGUUCUUGCACUUGUCAGAAACUACUCAGAGAGUGUGAGGGGGUUGCUAAUGCCUGAAAGACUACAGGGGACUUUUUGACAACCAUUUUUUCUUCUUCUGUGGACCACAAAUUCAAAGUAAUGCUUGCCCAAUGACUGACCACAUUCCAUAAGGACCGCUUUCUCCAUCACAUUGUGGAAGGAAGUGCUCUCUUGAGAAAGCAGGCCUCUGGUGCUGAGUGCCGCCCACUCUUCUUGUCCCGCUCACCAGCGCUGCCAGCCUGUGUCCAAGGCCUUCACCCCCUGGUGCCUGCUGCUCAGAUGGGCUCACCUGGAGAUGCCUCUUGGCUGGACUUGUUCUUUCAAAAAGUAGCAGGUGGAAGUCCCAGAAGCAAAGCAAAAACAGAACUCUGAGCCUUUUGAACUCCUUAGGAACUAUAUAGCGUUUUGUCCUGACCCACUCCACUGGGGAGUCUUUUAAAAAAAAACGGCAUAUGUUUCCUGGCAUGUGUCUCACAUUCUCAUGAAGCUGCAUGAGGCUGUGUGUAGCCAUCGGCCGCAGAAUGUCACCGGCUGCCACUCAGGAGUCUAAGCUAAGCAAAAGGACUGUGUUGCCAGCACGACAUCUUGGAAUGUUCAGGAUUCCUUUUUUUUUUUUUUUGAGGGGGUGGGGAUGGGAUUGUUGUUUUGCUUUUUUUAAAAAAAAUAGCUAUUUGAGACACCCCAUUGGACAACUCAGUGUAAUGUGCUAAAAGCACAUUGGUUCUCAUAAGAACCAUUUAUAUAUAACUUGUUUAAACCCACCCACCCCCCAAAAUGCAAAAAACCUGGUUUGCCAUUUCUUGGGGAUUUCAGCACAGUGCCAGCUUCCUGGGCCAUGCCCGGCACUCCAUCCCAUUAGCCGUCAGCACUAAAGCUUUUGUCUUAGUAUGCUGGGGAGGAGGGUGGAAGUUUGUCCGCAGCAGGUGAAGUUGCCGCUUCUCUUCAGUGGUGAUCAGGCAAGUUGGCUUCUCUCUUUCUUGCUCCAAGAGCCAUCAGAAGCGACUGCCAAGAACUCUCUGUUAACCAUAAUGGAGCUGGAUUGCUAAAAUGACCACUGCCUCACCCCCUCCCAGUCGGGCUGGAAGCUUUGCCAGGUUUGCGAGUUGUUUUCACUACUCAGACGAUCCACCCUCUAUGCAGUAGGGCCAGGGGCUUGGCCAACUUCGCUGGCAUCCCUGCCCUGUGGAGAGCCGCGUCAUUGUGCUGGAAAUCUUGUUUGGGGCAAGGGGAGGUGGCAGCACUGCCUUGUCCACCUGGAGGUCUGCACUUUGGCUGCUUGAGGCAAGAAGAGCCCCCUUUCGACAUAAGCAGAAUGGGUGACAAGCACUUCACAUGUGGAAGAACCCUCAGCUUAAAUCAAAUAAAGAUUUUGUAUUUCCUCUACAGAUGGAAGAAUGUGCCAGUUGGAUGCCACCAGCAGCAACCCUUGUGUUCAGGGGCGAACAGCAAAGUCCAAUGUGAUACACAAACCAUAACGAGUCUGUUGUUGAAACCCACUGUGAAUUGCUUAGGAAAGAUUUAUGUGCCAUCUUGAAGUGCCCUCGAUUGACUGCUGCAGUUCUCUCUGCUGAUGUUUAUUUGUGGUUUGCCCAUCCAGACUUUGCACUGGGGAAUGGCAGGCUUUCUGGUCUCAUAGCUUGUGUGUGUGUGCGCGAGAGAGAGAGAGCCUCAAGGUGUAUUCUCCCCCCAAAAAAACAUUCAGCGCUUUUACAGAGGCAUUCCUCAAUCUGGGUAUGCCUGUGCAAUGCCCGAGAGAGUGGCACAGUUCCUACCAGAAUGACAAGAGUCCUCUAGCACCCAAAGGACUGACGUGAAGAGGGAGGUGGCAUCUGAUAUCGCUGUGCCCUGUGAGAACAUUGGACUGAGACCAGGAGCCACAAUAAACGUGCCAGUCGAAAGGGCCACGGAUUCUUUGUCCUUUGUGACUUGCAGCUGAAUUGCUCGGCUGCUCUUUUGGGAUCCACCCCUCCUCUUUGCCAAGAGGCCACGUGUGGCUGUUGUGGCCCGGAAGAGGAUGAGGAGCCUCUGGAUGGUCGACCACGGAAGGAUCCGCUCAAAACACACAGAACGGAAACUCUGUAAAUAUGGGAGGGGGGAUGGUGGGGGGGGGAGCAAAGUAUUUGCUUUCUUCAGUUUACUUACUAUGGCUGCUGCUGCAGCAGUUCAAAAGAAGGAGGGGGGGGGGGAGCUGGGAAAUACCAAACACCCCAGGCAGUGUCUCAGCCCUCAGUCCUGGUUUUUAAUUCUGCGUUGUUAUUAUUAUGCAUUUGUAAUGUUUUACUUAUUGCUUGAGAACAUUUUAUUCAGCUUUUUGAAAGCUGCCUUUCUAACUAUGCAGGUUGUUCAGGCAACCUGCAUUCUGAUUGGCUAGGCAGCAGAGCAGGUGACAGCUGGCAGGUCAAGGUACAGCAUGGGGGACACGAGAGGGUGUGCUGAAGCGCUCGGCAGAGCCCCCGUCAAAGGUGCCUCUGGAGGGGGGAGUGCAUCCCCCUGUCUGGACACCGUCCCUUGGGUGGGGAAGGCUGGCCAGUUCUCUGUUCCUGGCCAAGCUAUUGUGGAAGCAGAAGGAGCAGCAGCAGAGGCAAAGCCCAUCUUCGAAGCAAAGAAAGGCUGAGUAUUUGGCCCCAGUGGGGUGGACCACUUCAAUGACAGCACCUCUCCAGAAUACACCAAAAAAAAUCUGCACUUAAAGAUCCUGUGUGCAUUUUGGCCUCUUUUCGGUUGGUGCAUAAGGUGAGCUGGAGCCCUUCGAUGCCUGCGGGGCUGCCCGGAGCCCCCUGUAAAGCUUUGCUUUGGCUCCCUUGUCCACGUGUGGCCUUUCCCCAGAGUUUGCAAGGGCUAUGCUGAAAGUGGGAGGAAGCCACUCUCUGCCCUGGAGAAAGGAGGCUGGGACAGCCACAUGUGUCCAUGUGAGGGUGGGGCGGGGCUCUAAACUUUGCCACCAACCUUGGCUGAGUUGGAGGAAGCAGCACUCUUUGGUUUAAAGGGACAGGAUUUGCACUAGAGGGAGAGCAGAGAGACCUGCCCGUUCCUGCUCCCUUCCAAUGGCAUGAAGGUUCUCUGUGCACACAGAGUGUUCAGGUUGUCGAAAAUAUUUGAGAAUGGAUGGUGGUAGCUACAGCACCUUGGGGGGGGGGGGGGACGGGGUUGUUGGUUUUGGUACAUUCAGGUGAUGUUUUGCUUGAACAAUAACCAAAUUGCUUAACACACACACAAACACACACCCAGUUUUGCAACCCUCAUAUUGCACCUUGAAAGCAAACUAUAAGAACCCAUGAGGAUUGUUGAGUCAUGAUAGUGGGAAGAUGCUCUGGGCCUUUGGGGCUCACUGACUGAAAAGAGAAGCCGUUUCUGGGCUUUGGGGGUGUUCUGGAGACCUGGCCCACUCACAGGACAGCCCUGCGUGGACUUACAGCCUUCUAAGGCCGUUGACCCGAGUAGACUUAGGAGGGUGUCACUCUGCAGGCUUCCCAGGGCCUGAAGGCAGACAGGAGGGCAUGGAGCGCUAGAUGAGCAGUGUUGUGCUUGCUGGGGCUUUCUGGUUGGAGCAAGUGGCUUUGCUCUUGCCUUCGCAGCCAGUGGAACAGAGCAGGUGGCAGGACCAGCACUUUUCUCAGGCCUGAGCUCUCACCUGCAGGGCAUUCUUGGUUCUACCCUCCAGAGCCUUUGGGGGAGCUUUGAGAGCCAGGGUCGGUGUCACCUAACACUGGCAAGAAGCCAAAACCCCGCUGAACAUUUUGUGCUCUCAGGGAAGAUUGUGCCACCUUUUAAACAAAAAAAGUUUAAAAAACCUAAGAUCUUCACAUGCAUAUAUUUUUCUUUCUUAGAUGGGGAUGUGGGAGCGGUGUGUGUCCUCUGUGUGUGUGCAUGUAUUUGAGGGGGGGGGGUCUCAGUGAAAGGAGGGAAGGCAAAUGAGAAGCUUUCAGUUGUCUUAAUGCAGCCAAAUAAACUUGUGAAGCUAUGAAAUCUCAAAAUCAGCAAGGCAGCUGAAAUGUAUAAUAUGUAGACAAUUUCAUAAGUUGGGGUGUGGGUUUGGGGUUUUUUUUUUCCUCCUCUCAGCUUUGAGGAACACCAAGUGGGGUGCUGUAAACAUUCAGUGCAGGGGGGCCGGUAGAUUUCUGCGCCUGCGGCUGGGUCAGCCAACUCCUUGGGGUCUUGCUCUACUGACUGUCCACACAGAACUGUGGCUUGUUCCAGACAGCUGCCUUCUACCACGGGGUGCCAAACACCACCCUCGAGUUCUCCCCCUGGAAUGGGGGGGGGGCUCUGAAUGGAGUAGAAUUGAGCCAGCAGGAGGAUCAGGAGAAAGACACCCUGAUGCUGAGUCCAGCCACCCAGAGACAGCUGCUGGGGGGGCUUGCUGGGAAGAAAGAGAGAUUCCCGGGGAGUUGUGCCCUUGGAAAUCAAAGCACUCCAUGUCCCAAAGCUAGAGAGCCCCUGCUUCCCCACCAUUCAUUUUGGCCUCUCAGAAAGGGAGGGGGGAGGGGGGUGGAGGAACAGAGUCCCAGAGAAGCCCUGGGUUUCCCGCUCCUUCGGUCCCUGGCUGGUUGCAAGAGAGGGUGACCAGCCAUCACUGGGGGAGGGGGGGGAGAUCACAUGCUGUACUUAAAGCUCCUUUUUUGUAAUCUUGGAUUCUCUGGUUGCUCCGAUUAUAAUUAAAAAAGCAAAACUUUGUUGGAA